AUGUCGCUGCUCCUGCUGCCACUGCUCUUGUUCUCACUACUGCUGCUGGUGUCACCUCAAGGGACACUAGCCGCCGACCACCAGCCGCCGCCGAAGCCGAUACUGACCCGUAUGUUCAAGGAUCCCUCAACCUCCCUCUACACGAUCCCCAUCAAGGACGGCGGCGCGCCACUGGUCCUCGACCUCGCCGGCGCGCUGAUCUGGUCCACUUGCGCGCCCGGGCACCGCACCAUCCCGUGCAACUGCGGCCUGUGCAGGGUCGCCAGCAGGAGCCCCACCGCCACGGCCGGCUGCGCGUACACGUCGAGCGGCGGCGAGCCCAGCUCCUCCACGGGGACGAGGCACUGCACCUGCACCGCGUACCCGUGCAACCCGGCCACCGGCCAGUGCGGCCGCGGCGACGUCACCGCCGUGCCGCUCUCGGCGAACGCCACGGACGGCAAGAACCCGCUGUUCCUGGUGUCCUUCCCCGCGAUCGGCGCCUGCGCGCCCGACGCGCUCCUGGCGGCGCUCCCCUCGGCGGCCGCCGGCGUCGCGGGGCUGUCGAGGCUGCCCCUGUCGCUGCCGUCGCAGGUCGCGUCCGCGCUUAGGGUCGCGAGGCAGUUCGCCCUGUGCCUCCCCACCAGCGGCGGCAGGAGCGGCGCCGACAUCUUCGGCGGCGGCCCGUUCCAGCUCCUGGCGGCGCCGCCCGUCGACGUCGCCGACGGAUUCUUCCUUGACGACCCGCACCCGCUCCGCUUCCUCAAGAGCCCCAGUAACGGCGCCUACUACGUCGGCAUCACCGGCAUUCACGUCAACAACGAGCGCGUGCCCUUGCCGCCGGGGGUCUUCGACCUCCACGCCGGCAGCGGCACGGGCGGCGUCAUGCUCAGCACGGCGACGCCCUACACCACGCUGCGCCCCGACAUCUACCGCCCGCUGCUCGAGGCCUUCGACGCGGCGACCAGCGGCGUCCCGCGCGCGCCGCCGGUGAGGCCGUUCGAGAUGUGCUACCAGGUGUCCGCGCUCAGCUCGACCCGGCUCGGCUUCGGCGUGGCCAACAUCGAGCUGCUGCUGGACGGGGGCGGGAGCUGGCUGCUGGCGGGUAACGCCUCGCUGGUGCAGGUGAACGACAAGACCGUGUGCUUCGCGUUCCUUGAGAUGGGCCCCGCGACGACGGUGGUUCCCGGCUCGCCGGCGGUCAUCUUUGGCGGGUUCCAGAUGGAGGACCACCUGCUGAUGUUCGACCUGGAGGAGGAGGCGUUUGGCUUCCGCGGGCCGCUCCCUGGAAUCCGCACCAACUGCGGCAACUUCGACUUCAGCAUGGGCACUUCUUAG